AUGUCGUCCAAGGGGGUAUGGAAAAGAGUCGCCAUAUCAGAACCAGGACGAGCACCACUCCAUAUAUCCACAAUCCACCAGCGUCGGAAACCCUGGCGGCUGAUCCAGGCUGCGGCGUAUCGACCAAUACCGGCCGUACCGUACUGUCCUGUACGCUGUGGGCAGGAAUACCUGGGCCUGCUGCUGCGUCAAGGAUCCAGCGCCCAGCACACAGCGCCCAGCAACUUCAAGACUAAGGACAGGACUCAGCCGGUGCGUGGCCCCGAAUAUUUCCUGAGUGAGACCAAUGACGUGCGUCUCGCUGAGGCCAACCCCAGGAGAUGCUGUUGGUUCAGCCAAUCCCAGCCAAUCCCCCUCCCAGCGUGUACGAUGUUCCCCCUCGCUUCCUGGCCGUCCCGUCGUGAGAUGCCCUGGGCUGCGGAUCCCGCAUCGCAAACCUGGGCCGAUUUGGUGUUGGCGUGGAUCCUUACAGCAAUCCAGAAUGGUGUGUUUGGGCUACCUGCCGCCAGGGGGUUUCCUCUAGUAUCAUCUCUUACACAAGGUCGUCUGAUUACGAUCAAGUUACGUAUGGCACGAAAACAAAAAGGUUCUUUUUGA